AUGCGCAAGUUGGACUCGAAAGUUGUGGCCUUUUCUUACUUCCCAUGUCACCCAUUUAAGCUUAUGUCAUUUCUUCGUUUUAUCCACGCCAGCAUUGGCGAUUCCUAUCAAUCUAUACUUCAUUCUAAUCAGCUCUUAAAUGGGUUGUCAAAAUCUGGUAGAACUGACGAUGCACGAAAAGUGUUUGAUAAAAUGCCUAAAAGGGAUGAGUAUACUUGGAACACCAUGAUAUAUGGUUAUGUUAAUGUGGGAAGAUUGGUUGAAGCGCGAGAGCUUUUGAAUGGGUUUUCAGGCAGAAGUUCAAUCACUUGGUCCUCCCUCAUAUCGGGGUAUUGUAGGUUUGGGUGUGAAGCUGAGGCUUUUCGUUUGUUUAGGUCGAUGAGGUUGGAGGAUCAGAAACCAAGUCAGUACACUUUAGGAAGUAUCCUGAGGGUGUGUUCUGCAUUGUGUUUAAUCCAAAAUGGAAAAAUGAUUCAUGGGUAUGUGGUGAAGAAUGGAUUUGAAUCCAAUGUGUAUGUUGUCACUGGCCUUGUUGACAUGUAUGCAAAGUGCAGGCAUGUUUCAGAAGCUGAGAUUCUCUUCAAGGGUUUGGCCUUUGACAAGGGAAAUCAUGUUCUAUGGACUGCCAUGGUUACUGGUUAUGCUCAAAACGGCGAUAGCCAUAAGGCAAUAGAGUUUUUUUGCUACAUGCACGCAGAAGGGGUUGAGUCCAAUCAGUUUACAUUUCCUAGCAUAUUGACAGCAUGUUCUGCAGUCUCAGCUCAUUGUUUUGGAGAACAGGUACAUGGUUGUAUUUUGCGGAGUGGUUUUGGAUGCAAUGUAUAUGUUCAAAGUGCCUUGGUUGAUAUGUAUGCAAAAUGUGGAGAUUUAAGUAAUGCAAAAAGGGUAUUAGAAAAUAUGGACGCUGAUGAUGUUGUCUCUUGGAACUCCAUAAUAGUUGGGUGUGUAAGACAUGGUUUUGAAGAGGAAGCUCUUCAAUUGUUUAAAAAAAUGCAUGCAAGAAAUAUAAAGAUUGAUGAUUAUACAUUUCCAUCUGUUCUGAAUUGUUGCAUAAUAGGUAGUAUUGAUGCAAAAUCUGUUCACUGUUUGGUUAUCAAAACUGGAUUUGAGAACUUUAUGCUUGUUGGCAAUGCUCUUGUUGAUAUGUAUGCCAAAACUGGGGAGUUGACUUGUGCAUAUGCCGUGUUUGAAAGGAUGCGUGACAAGGAUGUCAUCUCAUGGACCUCCCUCGUUACAGGUUAUGCACAAAAUGGCUCCCAUGUGGAAUCCCUGAUGAUUUUUUGUGACAUGAGAGUUGCAGGGGUAAGUCCAGAUCAAUUUAUUGUUGCAAGCAUUUUGAGUGCCUGUGCAGAACUGACUCUUCUAGAAUUUGGUAAACAAGUGCAUUCGGACUUUAUUAAGUCAGGUCUAAGAUCAUCACUUUCAGCGGAUAAUUCUCUUGUAACCAUGUAUGCAAAAUGUGGCAGCCUGGAUGAUGCUGAUGCAAUUUUUGAUUCAAUGCAUGUUCGGGAUGUUAUUACUUGGACUGCUCUUAUCGUUGGUUAUGCACAGAAUGGUAAGGGAAGACAUUCCUUAAGAUUCUAUGAUGCUAUGGUUUCAAGUGGCACGAAACCAGAUUUUAUCACAUUUAUUGGAUUAUUAUUUGCUUGUAGUCAUGCUGGUCUUGUGGAUGAAGGACGCACGUAUUUUCACCAAAUGAAAAAUAUUUAUGCAAUAGAACCUGGCCCUGAACACUAUGCCUGCAUGAUUGAUCUUUUUGGACGCUCAGGAAAGCUUGAUGAGGCAAAAGAAAUACUAAAUCAAAUGGAUGUGAAACCUGAUGCAACUGUGUGGAAGGCACUCCUUGCUGCAUGUAGAGUCCAUGGUAACUUAGAAUUGGGAGAGAGGGCAGCUACAAAUCUUUUUGAGUUGGAACCCAUGAAUGCCAUGCCUUAUGUUAUGUUGUCUAACAUGUAUUCUGCAGCUCGUAAAUGGGAUGAUGCUGCGAAAAUAAGAAGGUUGAUGAAAUCAAAAGGAAUAGUUAAGGAGCCUGGAUGCAGUUGGAUAGAAAUGAAUAGCAGAGUGCAUACAUUCAUUUCUGAAGAUAGAGGACAUCCAAGGGAAGCUGAGAUUUAUUCCAAGAUUGAUGAAAUUAUUAUAAGAAUCAAGGAAGCUGGUUAUGUUCCAGAUAUGAAUUUUUCUUUGCAUGACAUGGAUAGAGAGGGAAUGGAGGUUAGUCUUGCUUACCACAGUGAAAAAUUGGCUGUUGCUUUUGGAUUACUUGCUUCUCCACCAGGUGCACCAAUUCGGAUAUAUAAGAAUCUUAGAGUUUGUGGAGAUUGUCAUUCUGCUAUGAAAUAUAUAUCCGGAGUUUUCUCUCGUCAUAUCAUAUUGAGAGAUUCCAAUUGUUUUCAUCAUUUUAGAGAAGGAAAAUGUUCUUGUGGGGAUUACUGGUAG